CCUAACUAAUAUGGAUAUACUAUAAACUAAAGAUAUUAUUUAAAAAAUCUGAAAUUGUUUUUAGUGAGUCACUUAAAACUAGUGAUUAUCAAUUAAAAUGUCCAAAAAUAUAGUUUAUGAGGGGUGGUUGACAAAGUCGCCCCCCACUAGACGAAUAUUUAAAACGAAAUGGAGAAGAAGGUGGUUUGCAUUGCGACAGUCAGGCGAACUUCCCGGCCAGUAUUUUUUGGAUUAUUACUCAGACCGAAAUCGGAGACGUCUAAAAGGAACUAUAAACCUUGACCUAUGUGAACAGGUCGAUGCUGGGUUACACAUGACCCGCAAUAGUAGUGGAUCCCUAGAUCCUAGAAUCCGCGGUUCGGUGUUCUCUAUUCAAACUCAAUUGCGAACAUACCACUUAGAAGCUGAUUGUGAAGCAGACAUGGUGAAGUGGGUUGAAGCAAUAUGCAGUUGCUGUGGGCUAAGGGCUACAAGUUCUUCACCUGAACCAAGGAGAAAAGGCACAUAUCAAAACAGUUCAGUAACAGUUAUGAAUGAUCCAUACGAAUUACCAGAAGGUACUGGACCCUACAUACCGAUAUCUGAAUGCAUAACUGGAGUGCGUGCGCCGGACUCUCAAAGAGCAUUUUCGUUUGAUCCCAAAAAUAUAGUUGUUGGCUCAAUGUCUUUCGAUAUUGUAUCAGACAAGAGUCAUCUUUAUCUAAGUCAACCGCAGAUACGCGUAAAUAAUGUUGAUCUCUCGGAAACUGAAUCAAACCUUAGCGACGAGGAAUGCAAAUCGCUCAAUGCUAGUCAAAUGAAUGUAGAAAAUUGGACCCUUACAAGAUCCUACGUAAGACGAGUGCCGGAUGCAGAGAAUGUAGCUGAGGGUAGAUCGAAUACUAAACGUAACAAAUUGCGUGUUAGAUCAUCUACAGGUAGCCGAGAGAAGUCUUCAUCGCGACGCAGUCCCAGAAGAACUGAAGUUUUUGAAGGACCACCGGUUCCACCCAGGCCGCCAAAAACAGUUACAAUAUUAGACCCGAAAGAGUCAUUCCAACUAGAGGAGAGGACAAAAGGAGAGAGAGAAGGACCAAAACUACAAGAGCCGGAGAUUGAGAUUGAUAAUUCUCCCCCUUUCCCGUGGAUUCGUUCAUCCUCCCGAAUGUCGGCGUCUACAUCCGCUUCCGCUGUACAAGCGAGAACUUUCAAGCCAAGAGUUGAUGAAAAUGAAGAAUGUUGCUUGACACAUGUAAGACACCAUUCACUGCAGCAGUACUGUAAUUUAUCCUCGCUGCCGCCAAUUGUUGAUCGUGCGUUGAAACCCAGAAUCGCCAACACUACCGUCGUCCAAAUUGAACACGUCGCCCAAGACUAUCAUAAUGUGUAUGGAAUAUGUGAGGGCUACGCUUGUGCUCAGCCUCAGCCCUCGACCAGUCGAAAGGAUACUGUGCGAACGUCUGAUGCCCUGCAAUACUUGGACCUGGACUUAAGUCCCAAAUCGCCUACCAAGGAUGGUAAACCAAGAGUGUAUCACUCCAAGUCGUUUUCUGCCGAGCCUCGCGCCGACUACAAAACUGUUGACUUCGUUAAAACUGAGGCUUUCAAUAUCACACGUCAGGACGCAGAGGCUUCUCGCAAUGUGCAACUCUGAUUAAGGCCAGUAUACGGGGCGGUAUAUAAAAAAUGUAUUAACAAGAAUGACUUGUAUAUACGUUAAGUUAUAUACCAUCUCGUAUAACGAAUUAUAAAUUCGUGGUGUGGACGUUUCAAACGAUUAUGUACUUUAAAGGAUCGACCUGUUCAAGGGAAGGUGAAAUUGUGUGUUUAAUGUUAGUUCUCAGUGUUGUUUUAAUGUUAACAUAUAAGGUAUAUAUUAUAUAUUUGAUGUUGAGUAAUAUAAAGUUGGAUAUGAAAACAUUGAUCAUAUUGAUAAAUUAAUUUGAAAAAUUUAAUUGGGCUAUCGAGAGAGUUUCAAAUAAGAAUUUUUAACAAUAUAAUCUGAGCACUUUAUAUGAUACAAUAAGUGUUGUAAUUGU